AUGUCGAAACAAAACAAAGUACCGGAGGAUGUUUGGGAAAUACUUCAACAUAAAGACUUCAGUGUCCAGUCUCAGAAUGGAAUGGUCUUAUCAACAUGGAACGAAUAUUUUCUUCAAAAUAAUUCAGGAAUGAGAACGAUUAAAGCUUCCCACGAUUCACUACAAGCAGAACUAAAUCUAUUGAUUCAAAAUGGAGACAAAAGGAUUAAAGAAGUGAAGAAGGUGAUUUCAAUUCAAGGAGAACUUAAGGUUAUUUGUGCUACAUCCUGCUCCGAUGGUGUGGGAAAGAAGAGCGUCUGGUCUCCUGAGAAAUCAGUUAUGCAUCUUCCUCCUCCACCACAACGUCCUGCAGAGGUUAAACCUGUUGUUAAAAGAUCCGUUAAACAGAAUGAAGAAGCCAUAAAAGAACUCCGAAAUGAGAAUGUUUUAUUAAAUAAUCGAAUUGAUGUCCUUGAAAAGACAAUAAGUAGAGGUGAAUACGAUGAUCCUGCUUCUGAGGAAUCUAUGAGAGAAUCCAAAAAACAGAAGUUGGAUGAUGAGGUUAACUAUGAUUGGUAUAAGUAA